AUGACGCCAGACGAUUUUGGUGUCAAUAAAAGCAAGGGCGUCGAUACAUUGUCCGGGACACACCCAGAAUUUGAAAAUGAAUUAAGCAAGGGUCUCGAAGGAGGAAUAACUUCAUGUCCACAAAAUUCAUCCACGGAGAAGCUGAAAGCUAACAGUGUUACUGACGAUGUUCCUAGCCCAAACCAGAUUAUCGAAGAUACCGAGUCACGUAUUAAUGAAAAGGUAAACGAUCUUGAUUCUAUUCCAACUAUUAAAGAUACCGCCAAGUCAACCGAAACAUUUGAUAGCGCUGUCCCUGAAAAAAAUACGGCGUCGACGACGGUAUCCAAAAAGGCCGAAGAGUCUACUUCGUCAGCACCGCCAUUACGUGCGCCGGUAAAAAAGCGAUCUUCUCAAUUGGGCUCAAUGGCUCGCAAAAAACGUAAGAGUCAAUUGGCCGACAUGAGUGCAGCCGUCACGUCGACUCCUGUCAAAAUGAACACGCUCGAGAAAUCGAAACUUGACUGGGAGGCUUUUAAGGGGAAUAUUGCUACGGAAGACAAUCGCAGUACCAUGUCUGCUGCUGAACGUGAUGAGCUGGACUCUCAAACGCAGGGCGGUGGCAGUGGCCUAGGUGAUGUGAAAGGGUAUCUUCAUCGAAAAGAAUUCCUUGAUCGAGUCCACGGUCGCCUGGACCAACAAGAGUACGAAAACCUUGUAUCUAAGUAG